CCCUUCCUCUCCACUCACGGCUCAGCAGCUGCUUCUUCAAGUCAUACCUGCUUACCCAGUUCCCAAGACCAAAACCAAAAGCGCUUCUCUCUCUCUCACUCUCUCUCUCUCCCCGUUGCUUUCGACAACCUAACUCUUGUCAAUAAACAUUAAACACCUGACCACCAGGCGUCACCGCUAUCAAUCACCGCCCUCCACAGCCACUCACCACCACCAACGGAAAAAAAAAAAAAAAAAACAGACGGAAAGACAAAAAAAUGGAUUCCAACAACGUCAACAACAACUUCGGCGCUGCUGCCAGACCCUUCCCGACAUUCAAUGACAUGGAGCAGAUGUCGGAGACCCCUCAGCGCGGGUCCCACCACCGCCGGGCUCACUCCGACACAUCCUUCCGCACCCCCAACUUCGACGACCUCCUCCUCUUCGACCCUUCCGACCUCGACCUCUCCUGCCUCGCCUCCCCCAACCUCCCGCCACGUGGCAGCGACAGCGACAACAUCGCCAUGUUUCUCGAGUCCGACGACUCCUCGGGGGGCCAACCACCCAACCCCUUCUCCUACCCCAAGCCCACCGCUUCCUCCGGCUCCACCGCCACCGCUGCCCACCUCCGGAGCCUCUCCGUCGAUUCUGACUUUUUCGACGGCCUGGGCCUGGGUGAUUCCGGCAGGGAAGUGACUGGGGGGCAGAGGUCUCGAUCCCACAGGCACAGCAUCUCGAUGGACGGCUCGUCUAUUGAGGCGGACUCGUCGGUGAUCACCCUGAACAGCUUCAAGAAGUCCAUAGCUCCUGAGAGACUUGCUGAGCUAUCUCUGACUGACCCUAAGAGAGCUAAAAGGAUUUUAGCUAAUAGGCAAUCAGCUGCGAGGUCGAAGGAGAGGAAGGUGAAGUAUGCGAAUGAGCUGGAGAGGAAGGUGCAGACUCUUCAGACCGAGGCGACCACGCUCUCAGCCCAGGUCACCCUUUUACAGAGAGACACUACUGUCAUAACCGCUGAGAAUAAGGAGCUCAAACUUCGCCUACAGGCUCUGGAGCAACAAUCACAGCUUAGAGAUGCCUUGAGUGAGAAACUUAAGGAGGAAGCGCAGCGGCUUAAGAUUGAAGCCAACCAAAUCCUACCCGGGGCUGGGAAUGGAAACCCUUUCUACGGAGGGCUCCCCCCUCAGUAUGGUCAGACCCAGCUCCACCAGAACCAGACCCAGCACCAGCAGAAGCAUCACAACCAGGGCGUCGCCAGUGGGCAGGCUCACCCGAGCUACAUGGACUUCAACGGGAGGGCAUAGAAGCUCUCCAAGAAGUCAUUAACCACAGUUUAGGUAUUUCAUAAUGUUUUUCGAAUUAGAGGAGGGUAGUGAAUCUCAUCAGAUAGCUUCAUGUACAUACUACAUACAUACAGAUCAUGUAUAUGUAUGUGGUACGGGACUAAAGGCUGUGAAGAUUGCUGCUCACACCAGUACACACAGAACCCCACAGUUCCCUGUAUCAGUUAAUUUAAAACUAUUCUAGCAGAUUAGAAUAUCAUUUUCGAGUCCAAAUCUUACCGGUACACCUAUUUACCGUCCUUGUGCUUGUCGAACAGCAACCUCUAGGGUUUGAACGGUUGGCUAUGCAGCUGUCGUAACAUCAAAUAUUGUGUUGGCCCCUUUUGCUAAGGAAUGUCAAUCUGUCUUCUUUCUGUUA